UCGUGGGAAGAAUCGCGUGUGUAAGGGGACGGAGACGGACGGACACACUUCCUUCUACAUAUGCUACAUAUGUACGUACGAUAGGUGUGCCUGCCCACCCGUCCAUCGAAACCACACAACCAGGCCACUGAUGACCACAACCAUACCUGUUGUCGAUGUCGCGACUCCUCUUCUACCUCCUCAUCUGCCUGUUCUGCGCCGGCCGUCGGCAGAUCGUUGGUACGGCAGCGGCCGGGACCAUCCACGUCCGGAGACGAGCCUUCGACUUCAUCCCUCUACCCUUCGGCGUCACCGGCGCCGAGAGUCUGGCCUUCGACCGCAGUGGCCAAGGUCCUUACACCGGUGUCUCGGACGGCCGUGUCCUGAGAUGGGAUGGCAGCGGCCGCGGCUGGACGACCUUCGCCUAUAGCAAGAAUUAUGCCCACAACCCAUUUUGCAGAGCCUCCACGGCGCGUCCGGGCGACGCCGAGGUCGUCUGCGGCCGUCCACUGGGGCUCCAAUUCGACAUCAGGACGGGCGACCUGUACAUCGCCGAUGCCUACCACGGGCUGCUGAGGGUCGGUCCGGCCGGCGGUGAGGCCGAGGUGGUGGCGGCUCAGGCCGAUGGCAAGGCGUUCAACUUCCUCAACGGCGUCGACGUCGACCAAUCCACCGGAGAUGUGUACUUCACAGAUAGCAGCACAUCAUACACGCGUCUGCAUGGCGCGCUGAUCUUUCUAACCCAUGAGUCCUCUGGCCGGCUGAUGAAGUACGACGCGCGGGCCAAGCGCGUGAUAGUGCUCAAGGAUGGUCUACCCUUCCCCAAUGGCGUUGCACUUAGCGCCGACCGGACGCACCUUGUGGUGGCGCACACAUGGCCAUGCCAGCUGUUCAGGUACUGGCUGGAAGGGACUAAGGCUGGCACCUAUGAGCUCUUCGCCGACUUGCCUGGUUACCCAGACAACAUCAGGCGCGAUAACAGAGUAGGCUAUUGGGUGGCGCUCAACCAAAAGAAGCUUGAUGGCGAGACCAUGGAGCAUAUCGUCGGUGUACACCUAGACGUAAAGGGCAAGCAGCUUGAGGAGAUGACCGCGGAGGACAAGAGGGUCACUCUUUCAGACAUUGUGGAAGAGGACGUUAAACUGUGGUUGGGAUCGGUGGAACUAGACUACAUCAUCGUUGUUGAUCAGACACUAGAUUGUUAUUAAUGGACUACACCGGAACUACCCACGUCGCCAUGGUUGGGGUUGGUGGACGCAAAGGAUGCAUGUGCAGCGUGAGGAGAUCCACCGCGGGGAACUAGACUCCCUAGGGUGCCUGUUCGGGUGCCUAACAGCGCGACACUUGGCAAAGACUGAAGGCAGGUGGUGGCUACCACGCCCAGCACCUUUGCCUAAGGCUUGAAUUUACCGGGCCGGGUGCCCGGCCCUCGGCAAAGGCCAAUAUUUGCCGAAGGCUGAUCUUUGCUGGGAAAUGGCAAAGCAAUCAUUUGCCGGGUGUCCGAUAAAAAACUCCCGGCAAAUCGUCGGUUUCCUGUAGUGCCCCGUGCAUUAGAAAAGAUUUGGCUUGUAUGUGUAUGUGUAUGUGUAUGUGUAUGUGUAUGUGUAUGUGUAUGUGUAUGUGUAUGAUUGUUAUAUGCAUGAAUUUUCAAGGUGGAUGAUUAUGGCUGCUACAAGAAAUUAUCAUCACAGAUUUUGACUCUGAGGCAAAC